GCGAAGGUUUGUUUGGACAAACCGACUGAACGUGAUACUCCUCCGGGGACCAGAGGACAAGUCACAGUGCGGAGACCGGGUGAGGACUCCCGCGGAGCCGGACUGAAGACACCCGGGGACGGGGGGACUGAGUUUGACCCGAGUCCGAGAGGCUUUGAUAAGGUUUCCGGUUGUAGUUCUACGUCCAGCACCAUUAGCUUAGCCGCCUAGCAAGCUAACAGGCUGAUGUAGCCGCGGCGCCCUGGGGGAUACGCGCCGGCAGCUCGUCUGGAGCUCCGUGAUUUUUAGGUGAAAUUGAUGUUCUUCUAAAUAAUUAACCACUAUGACAUGUUGCUGUUGGAUGUGGUGAAGUGGUGGCCGCUUUGAAAAGGAGGCAGGAGGAGCAGAAGGAGGCAGGAGCAGCAGGAGGAGGCUGGGCUGCUCGGAGAGUUAUGAGCAGUUUCAACAUCAGAACCGACACCUCCACGCUGAGCUCCUCUCUGGGCACCGACAGCCAGGGCUCCUCUCUGGGCACCGACAGCCAGGGCUCACCGCUCGGCCUCACCACCACCAACAACAACAACAAGGAGUGGGUCGUGGGGAGCGAUGGGUUCCCCUGCUGCCACGAUAUGAGUCCCAUGGACGAGACGGUGCAAGCGGGGAUGUCCUCGGUCCAGGCGGGACAUGACGGGCACCUGCCCUUCCUCCACGCCGGGCACAUCCCACAGCUCCUGGACCUCACUUCCCCCGGAGGCUACCUCGACAGCGGGCCAGUCGGGUACAGCAACGGCGGCGGAGGGAGCACCGUGGGCCCGCUGUUCGAGAAGAGGAAGCGGUCGAGGUCCAACAGCUCCAGGAGCCGCUUCAACGAGGUGGUGACGGAGCUGGGACCCGAGGAGGUGCGCUGGUUCUACAAGGAGGACAAGAAGACGUGGAAAGCCUUCGUCGGGCAUGACUCGCUCAACAUCGAGCUCAUGUUUCGGAAAUACUCGGAGCUGAACCCCAGGGUGGUGGAGCCCCGGGACGGCGGGGAGAAGGAGCCGGAGGAGGGCUGCGGUGGGGAGGACAAGGGGCUGAACGGUGCGGUGCCGGUGGAGACAUCCACCACGUCCACCGUGUCCUCAGAGGACCGAGACCCGGACUGCUUUGAGAUCAACGUGGAGCCUGUGUGUGUCCGGGGUGGGCUCUACGAGGUGGACAUCAAGGAGAGGCAGUGCAACCCCGUCUACUGGAAGCAACAAGAUCACAUUCCGGUGAUGAGAGGCCAGUGGUUUAUUGAUGGUACCUGGCUCCCAUUGGAGGAGGAGGAGAGUGACCUCAUCGAGCAGGAGCACCUAAGCCAUUUCCGCGGGCAACAGAUGCAGGACACGUUCGAGUCCGACCUGGUGGUGAAAACCGUCGACAGCAAAGAUGCCAUCCACAGUCUGAAGCUGAGUCGGACCCACAUAGAUUGGCACAGCGUGGAUGAGGUCUACCUCUACAGCGACGCCACCACCUCCAAAAUUGCUCGCACCGUGACUCAGAAACUGGGUUUCUCCAAAGCCUCAAGCAGUGGGACAGGGCUCCACCGGGGCUUCGUUGAGGAGGCCUCACCCGAGGACAGACCCCCUCAGACUACACACAUCGUCUUUGUGGUCCAUGGGAUUGGACAGAAGAUGGACCAGGGACGCAUUAUUAAAAACACUGGAAUGCUGAGGGAGGGUGUGAGGAAGAUGGAGGAGAAGCACUUUUCAGAAAUCAGUGAGGAGCGUGUGGACUUUCUGCCAGUGGAGUGGCGCUCCAAACUCUCACUGGAUGGAGACACAGUAGACUCGAUCACACCAGACAAAGUGAGAGGAUUGAGAGAUCUCCUCAACAGCAGUGCGAUGGACAUCAUGUACUACAACAGCCCUCUUUACAGGGACGAGAUUACCAAAGGCCUAACGCAGGAGCUUAACAGGCUUUACACACUCUUCUGCUCCCGGAAUCCGGAGUUUGAGGAGAGGGGAGGGAAAGUGUCCAUAGUGUCCCACUCCCUCGGCUGCGUCAUCACCUACGACAUCAUGACGGGCUGGGAUCCCGUGCGCUUCUGCCUACAAGAGGAUCGCGCUGUGGAAGAGGAGCUGGACCUGCGCUGGAUGUCGUACCAAGAGAGGCACAUUUUAGAGCAGCUACGGCUCACGAGGAUUAGGAUGCGAGAGCUGGAAACUCAGCUCGUCACACUGGAGUCCUCUAAACCCUCCGCACCUCCAGCCCUCAAAUUUAAGGUGGAUAACUUUUUCUGCGUGGGUUCUCCUCUGGCGGUGUUCUUGGCCCUGAGAGGCAUCCGCCCUGGUACCAGCUGCCAUCAGGACCACAUCCUGCCCACCCCCCUCUGCAGCCGGCUCUUCAACGUCUUUCAUCCCACAGACCCUGUGGCCUACAGACUGGAGCCCCUCAUCCUCAAACAUUAUAGCAAUAUCGCACCUGUUCAGAUACACUGGUGUAGCGCCACAAACCCCACAUCCUACGAAGAGGUCCGGCCAACCUUCCUCACCCCAGUCAAAGACCCAACAUCUGACACCGAGAGCAUUCCCAGCCCGAGCACCUCCCCUGUCCUCCCCCGCAGGCACUAUGGAGAAUCCAUCACUAACCUGGGCAAGGCCAGUAUAAUGGGAGCGGCGAGCAUAGGGAAAGGUAUCGGAGGAAUCCUCUUCUCUCGUUUCUCGCGCUCCAACAGCCAGCCUUCGGUGUCUUUAGGACUGGAGGGAGGGACGAACACCGAGGAAGAGGAGCAGAAGCGGGCAGAGAGCCAUUCGGCGUACGGCCUCUCCACCUUGAUCCGGCCCACCUCACCCAUCGUUGACACGUCAUUGGAGCUGGAGCGGCGUGUCGACUUUGAGCUCAGAGAAGGUAUGGUGGAGAGUCGCUACUGGUCAGCAGUUACCUCCCACACAGGCUACUGGUGCUCACAUGACAUCGCACUUUUCCUGUUGACUUUCAUAUACAAGCAGAAGACGACCUCUGACUUAACAGAAGACGCUCCAGAGCCAGACUGAGUCUGCACAUUACACAACUCUUGAAUAGUGUCUGACAACUAUAAAAGGGUUGCCGAGACACGGAAAUAGACUUCACCCAUUUAUUUUUAUGCGCACAAACUGAUUAAAUACACCUAUCUCUUUCCUUUAUCACCCUGUGAUCCAGCUUUUUGGAAUCUUGGAAAUCAACACAGACGAACUGAUGUAACUCCAAGAUGUGCAUUUAAUGUCUCUUUUUGUUUAUCUUGUACACAAUUGUGCACCCUACGGGUGACAGUGUUGGACUCGGAACCCCUAAGGAGGUGCCCCUUUUACUAGUAUGAGCAGAAGUUGCUUAUAAACAUGAAAAAAGAACUGAAUGAUUGAUUGAUGCACCAAGUGGAAAAGACUUAACUUCGUCCCAGACAACAGCAGCAUCCUGUUGGUGAAGUGUCCAUAAGUUUACGGUUGAUUAAUGCUUCUGCCCAGCAUCCUUUCCAGUGACUCUGUCUGGAGCCUUGUGACACACAUGCCUGACCCUCGGUCACUGAGGCUUUCAGAUUCAAGUCGUCUUUGACAUUGAGGAGAAAGAAAUAGAGCUGUCAAAAAUAGUUUCAUCCUUAAAGCAUUUCUAACCUGUAACAUCUUUAUCUCUACUUUAUCUCUGAUGCUAACAAGAAAAUUGUAUGCCUUUCAAAAUUAGCCAAACAAUGUUACACAUGAAGAAUGUGUUGUCUGUUAUACGUAUGAAUAGGUAUCUCUGUUAAGUCCUUUUAUUUAAUUUUUUUACAGACCCUGAGGGCAUUAUCCCUUUAACAAUGUUUGGGAAGCAUGAAGAGAAACAUAACAAACGCAUUAGUUUGUUUUUCUUAUUCUAUGCCAUGAUCACCUCUUUUUUGAACAUUCAUUCCUAAAUCAGACACCAUGUGCACUGAAUCAAACAAGAGCAAACCACCACUUUUAUACCACACACAUAGUUAAUCAUCCAAUGUUGAGUUUCCAUUAACUAAACAGUUUUGGGGAUAAAAUGCCUCUUAUUACAACAGUUACAGUUUAUCAGGACAUUGUUUUCCAUAAAUGUUUACAACCACAUAAGGCUUGUAUCAUGAUACUUAUACUUUAUCAACAAAGCAUUGAGCAUGUGAAAAUAUUUUCUUACACACAGUUUAUGAAUCCCGAUCGUAGUCUAAAAUGCUCACAAAGUCUUUUGCUCAAAACAAUCUUACUCAUUCAAACUUGCAUGAUUCUAUUUAACUGAUGUGAUACCGAGAUAAUUUUCCAUGUUCAUGUCUUUAUAACGAUAUACAGAUGAAAUCCGUGGGACUAGAUGCAUUUUUUUUUCUCAAAAAAAAAAAUAUAUAUUCAUAUAUUUUUCCUAGCGAUUUUCAGUCUCUUGUGGGCAUGAACAUGGUUCUCAUCUCGGGAGUGCGACUCAAACCUGUGGCCAAAUAACGUGUCUAGCUUGCUACACUCGGAUUUAGUGGUGCAAAGGCUAAUUCAUACUCCAUGAAGACGUAAUUGACCUAAGGUAAAUGUAGCUUCUGUUUUCAUUUUGUGGCCAGUGCACACAAAAGUUAAUUGUAUCUUAUCGGCCUUUUUUUGUGAGUUGGUGACUGGUUCACACUUUGAGAAAUGAAUAUGAUGCAGCCUGUCUUUUUAUUUGUUUAAAAGAUGGGCUCCUUCACACUUAAAAACCUGUGUGUUUUCUAAAAAGAGAAAACAGUAUGGACAAUUAGCAAAAGCAAAUCAUUACCAUGUUUUUUUAUAAAAAGUUUCUGCUAAUCAUGAUUUAUGUAGAUGUCUUUUCUUCGUAUGGUCCUUUAACAACACAGCCAGUAGCAAUUAUGCAGAAAUGAAAAAAGCUCACUCACUUUACGUGGUGUCGUAUAUAUUGUAAAUGAAUGCUGGAAGAAAAAAGACAUAGCAGAGAGUGCCAACACACAUCUAAUGAACUGUGUUGAUGUCUUUAUCAAGUAGGAAAUCUCUCAUGAAUGUUAAUGGAUGUCUAAUUAAAUGAUUUGUAACACAACCGCAGUGGAUGAAGAAAUGGAACGACCCUCAGAUACACAUGUGACAGAGCGUGUUGCCGUCUGUGUCAAAUUUUCCUUGUUAGAAAAUCAAAGAGCUUAUUUUAAUUAGAGACUGUGCGUGCUGCUUCUUUUACGGCAACAUCGUCACGAGCUGUUUGGGAUCAAUUUAUCGGUGUUGUGUGUCUGUUAUGUCCGCAAAGGCCUAAUGACUGAAACCAGGCUGCCUUGUAGUCGACCAGAUGGUAUAGAAUGGACAAAAUAGAAGGGAGUAGGAUAUGGAAGGAUUUCUACAUUUGACCUGGUGGAUCUUGCACAUUCAUCAGCUACGAGUUGCACAGAAAGGAUGUAGAAAACAGCCCGAUAAUUAAUGAUUUUAUUUAUACUUGUUCGCACGUGUUACAUUGCAGCAAUAGAAACUUGAAGGGUUUUCUCGGACGGCAGGAAUGCUAUUUACCUUGGAGACCGUAGGCGUGCAAUGCAGAAUACGUAGAACACUUCCAUUGUUGCCUCUGCACCUGAAAAUCACACUUGCAAAUGCAUAUUGUAGGAGUGUGUACAGGCCCUCAUAACAAUCACGACAAGGUUUGUGAUUCAGCUCCAAGUUUCCACCAUUUAUGUGAAAUUUGCACAUUUUCAAUCGGAGCAAUUCUUGAUUCCCGCACAGAUUUUAAACUGUGCUCACUCUGCAUGAGAACUCAAUAAAUAAACAACUAAACUGAAGAGAAUGACAGACAGUUUUGUCAACGUACAUUGUACUUUUGACUUCACAAGCAUUUUAUGCACAACAUUUUGAAUGAUGACCGUACACUAUAUUUUUUUGUCAAAGGUACAAGCAUCAGGGAAAAGUCUACUAUACAUUUUUGUAGAUUUAAGUGUUGAAUCCAGUUCGAAGCCAUUAUUCCUUCAAAUGAAGUGCUGUCACAGGUGUGUUGUCAGUCUUUAAAAUAUUCAAAACUUAAUCAAAGAAGGGCCUGCAGCCAUAUGUCAUCACACACUGGGUGAGAAAGAGAACUGCACAUCGAAAGUUAUUGUGUUUUUGAAUGAAGAUUUGUGUCAGUUACCACUGUUAACUUUGAAUGGAUGUCUGGAAAAGUUUUUUUUUUGUCUAUACCUAGAGCUGUGCAAUAACCCAUGCCUGUAAUGGAUUCUAACUGCCAUCCAAAGCAUUGUAUUUAUUUCCUUUUAUUAAAGUAUUUCUUUUCCUUUUUGGAUACAA